CCCCCCCACAAAACCGCCACAAUGCUCCGCACAUCCAUCAUCAAGAGCGCCCGCGCCGUCGCCGCCCCGCGCUACUUCUCGGCGUCCGCGCUCCGCAUGGCUGAGGGCUCAACGGGCUCGGGAAUCUCGCGCGCUACCGGCUCUGCGGGCGGCGAUGCGUUCACCAAGCGCGAAGCUGCGUCUGAGGAGCUGUACAUCCGCCAGGAAGAGAAGGCAAAGCUCCUCGCCAUCAAGGAGAAGCUCAAGCAGCAGAGACAGCACAUUGAGGAUCUGGACAAGCACAUCGACGACGUGAUCAAGGAGGGCGAGUCCUCGGGCCAGGGCGAGCAAAAGUAAGCACGACCCCAGUGCGACCAUGGGAAUAUAUAUACAUGUACAAACAGCUUCGGGCUGACCCGUUCGGUCUCGUCUAGCUACUGAAAACGUGACAAAAAAACACGUUCAAUGAAUUCUUUCUGAGUCCACGAAAUUGCCAUGAUUUGGGUCAGAGUGUAGACCGAAAGCGAAAAGUGUGUUCAUUCUCGUUUUCCAAAUUUUUCCUGACUAACGAGAUUGCUAUGAUAUGGGUUAAAAGUUGUAAAUGCAGAUCGAUUGACAUGUGUUCGUUCUCGUUUUCCAAUACAUACCAUUUCUUAAACAU